GUUGAAAUAUACAUGUACGGUAUGUCUUUUCUUCAACAUCAUUUAGUCUAUUCAAGACCACCAAAGUGUUAUUAUGUUUCUGAAUUUGUCUGCUGAUGGGCACUCUACUCUUGGGCACUUACCGGUACAUGUACAUGCAUGUAGCCUCCUCCCCCCCAAAGAAAGGGAAAUUUAUUGGACCUUUUUUUUUUCAUUGAUAAAACUGAGCCAGCAUUCCCUCUUAUGGAAAAUGUGUACCUGUAUGGAUGACUCUAAAAUAGCACACCUUCCUCAACCGAUACCAUCACUUACAAAUGGAGCAUGGAUGUUUAUGGUAUCAGAGUUCAUCAUGAAAAUUAUGAGAUGGUUGCGGGUGAGCUCACACACAUUGUAAUUUAAUUGAGGAUCUGUUGCACGUGUGUGGGUGCACACCAGUAUAUACGCACACUCCACUUCUCUCACUCUCCCAUCCAUCUGAUUGGUGGGUCCCUUGCCUCUAAUCUUGGUACACCCAAUACCACGUAUGGUACAUCAGCUGAAUAAUAGUGUUGAUAUUAGCGGCCUCUCAUGCAAAAUUUCACACAAUGCUGCCUUGGUCCCCCCACAUGCUACUAUACAAGCCUCCUGCAUUUUACUUCCUUCUAGCCGGUAGAAACAAAAGGGAAAGCAGCGUUUCAUUUUCAGUAGGAGAGCCGUCCUCACUCUGGAUCAUGAUGUGGAAUACUACAGGACGCUUUUAAUGUGCCGUCAUCAUUUUUACAUGACUCGCUAUCAUUUCCUCCAUUUUUGUUUCCAUGGAUCUAUAUUUGCAGAUGGUUAAUGAUUGAUAAACGAGUAUCUCAUGCAUUGUUGGAACAUGGACACACUAAAAGUGGGAGGUCCAUGGGUGGAACAUUCAAGACAAGUAGCAAAGCUAAAUAUUAAUCAGUUGGACUUCUGAUCAGCAGUCAAACCAUCAAGUUCUGAGAGAAAUCUGGGUGUACGGCUUGAUUCUCGUUUAAACAUGGAGAAGUGUGUACAUGGAUGUGUAUCCAACGCCUACAUAUCUGCCUUUUGUACAAUCUCCGUUACAUUCAUAGAUACUUGGACCGGAAAACUUAUGUUGAAGAUGCACCUGUUUUUAGGAGCUUUUGAAUAGCUGUUGAUUGUGUGUCUGUCAAGUACCACUGUUAGGAGUUUUGUUAUCACGUCGCAAUAGAGUAUAUUUACAUAGUACCUGCUCUAUAUAAAUUGAUCUAAUUAAUAUUAUUAUGAAACAGCUUCCAUGUUUUUCGGAUAUAGCAACCUGUUUGAUUUGUCAUGGUUCAUCGCUAUGCUUUUGUCACCUAUGCUCUUUUUAGUCAACUUUCGUUACCUCCCCCAAACACCGGUCAUUCGCCUGAAAUCUAUGAGAACUUGCUCUAAUGUUGAAAAGCAGGAAAUGGAUAGAACGACCCCAGAAAUAAAAAUUAAGUUCUGAUAUUAACGUUCAAGUGCCUCGGUGGAUAACCAUCAUUGGUAGCGUACAGUAGCAGCGUCUGCAGUAGGUACGGUCCAAUCGAAGCGCUGAAAUUGCGCUGUUGCACCUUAGGCCACAGAGACAUGGAAACCGAAAAUGCUGCUGCUGCUGAGAGAGUCUUAAAGACGCAUGAUUCCUCAGAUGUUCUUUCUCCUGUCUCCAAGUUAAUGCAAAUACUGCAAAAACCGCACAGAAUACUUGCCUUUGCCCUUUGCUACACAUUGACAUGCUUUGUCUGCCUGAGCCUAUACUAUGACGGCACCUACAAAGCAGACACAUCACACCAGGUAGCAGUGCGCCUGACCAAUCCUUCCCCAGCCCCGCCCGCCACGCCCAGGCCGCCCGGAGAAGUCCACCGGAAUGUCUCGCGGGAGAUACUCCAGCUGCAGGACACGGCGGAGGAGCUGCAGCGGCAGGUCGAGCGCCAGACCGCGGAGCGCCCUCACCCCAAGAAGAUCGACUGGCGAGAGGUGGUCAAGAGGGAUAUGUUCAAGGAGAAAAAGAAGCUUUUGUCUUCGAAUGACUACAGGCAUUUUGCCAACAAUAAGAGUCUCUCCUACCACUGUAAACGAUGUGCAAUAGUUUCCAGCUCCGGGCAGCUACUAGGGCGAGGAGCGGGCCCCGAAAUCGAUAGCAACGAAUGUGUGAUUCGCAUGAACGAUGCGCCCACCAGGGGCUUUGAACACGAUGUAGGAACAAAGACUUCAGUCCGAGUCAUCGGGCACAGAAACCUGGGGCGCGUGUUCGCAAACCAGAAUGAUCUGCAAGAUAGGAUGUUUUCGAACCGGUCGACGGAGAAGGUUUUUGUGCACUGGUCGUACCUGACGGAUAUUGACGCCGACAAGGUGGAGGAAUACGCCCUUGUAUUGAAACUCAUGGAGAAAUACCCCAAAGUGGACUUUGUGAUGUUCACGCCACAAAAAAUGAAAUUCGCCGAAAAGCUCUUCCAUCAUGAAACAGAAUUAACAAGGAGACAAGCGAGAACGUGGUUAUCGACAGGGUGGUAUACAAUGUUGCUUGCCAUGGAUGUGUGUGAUGAAAUCAACGUCUAUGGUAUGGUCAGCGAGGAUUAUUGCAAGGAGCAUCCCAAUGAAAAGGUGCCUUACCACUACUACGACCCCUCCUCCAAGCCAGAGUGUACGUACUACCACACGAGCGAGGUCAGGCUGACGAGCGGUCAUCUCUUCAUCACAGAGAAAGCGGUCUUUGCCCGCUGGUCAAGCAUCUACAACAUCCACUUCCAUUACCCGUACUGGGAACCGCGGCCGUACAGCGUCAGCGAUACGCUUAGAACUCCUUUCCUCUUGCGCUACCAUAUAGCCAACAACAGACUCUUUGCAAAGUAUCCCUUCUGGAAGCUCUACUUCCACUUUGCCGGAAUAUUUUACCCCCUGGUGCAUUGAUGCUGGGGGGCUAUUGUAGAUAGCGUAUUUCUUGUCGUCAUCGUCGCCGUCGUCAUGUUCUUGUCGCUGUCAUCGUAUGGAUUUUUUUUUCAUCGUGACCGUGUUGUUAAUGUUGCUUGUUUGGAUGACGCUUGCAUGCAGGAGUCAUUUUUCGGACACGUCGAUGGAUGUGAUAUGAAGUGAAUUUACAUGAUAUUAAUGGAAAGCAAGGGAAAGGAAAAGGAGGAAGGAAAGAAAUGGAAUGAUGGAAAAUAAUAGAAGGAAGAAUGCCUGGAAGCAUACAAUCAGCACAGUGAAUAUAAAGGUAGAUGUUUCUUGCCAGAAAGAAAGAUCUACCCAUCCAUCUAAAAGUUGCAAUGAUGGGUUCUCAAGAAACCAGGAGGACUUCAUUCAAGUUGGAUCUGCUUCGUUGUACAACCUAACGUCACAUGAUCUACACCCUGACCUGUGAUUGGUGGAACACGGGAAUCUCUUCGGCCCUUCCAGAUCUCACCAUGGCCUAUUCAAAAAGCGUCAAAAAUGCUACUUAACUCCUUCUACCGUCGUACAUACACAUGUAACAUUCUCAUUGCAGUGCUGGCUGUGACAGUCAAUUAUUGAAAGGGUUCCCUUGGUGAUGCGAUGAUUAAAGUGGAGAGUUUGUGUUUACCGGUGUAAUGCUUUUUUAUAAUGAUUUACAACUGACAUUUACAGCAGGAUGGUGGCAUAUCUUGCAACACUCCAAGGUAUACUUAUGAAGGCUUGUUCAGAUAUAUGGCCCGGUAAACUGCCGCAAGGAGGUUUUUUGUGUAUAAAAUGAAAGGCAACUGCGUGUAACAAGGACUUGAGCGUAUUCACCGAGUCUGUUUGUUAUGAAGCGUAUAACACUUCACGUCAUCGUUAUUAAAAAAAGCUGUGGUUUUGCCGUGGCGUAUCUGAACAAGCCUCAAAGGAGAACAAAAAUUGUUCGAGCCGAAUUUAACGUCUGUCCUCACAAUCUCGACUGGAAUAUUGGUACCAUAUAAAAAGUAUGUUUUUCAUUUCGGACUCGUGUUUCUCAUAAUCAUAUUUGCAAUCUUGCAUUUCACUCCAUGCUUCCUGAAAUUGAGCCUCGUGAGAGAGCGAAAUUGAUAUUCAGAAAGCAAACAACCUCUCCAUUUAUAAACUAGAAGUGUUUUGUAAUUUUCUGCCGGCCGUUGUUUAUUUAAUAAGAAAGCAUACCUGGCACAAUCAAUAGUGUAAACCAGGUAGACACAUAUAUUGUUUCUUGUGUUUUUUUUAUACCUCCAAAUGAAAAACAUGAAGAAAUUGAGGAAAAUGCUUCUUGUGGAAUAAUUGAUAAAAAUCAUGCAUAAAUUUAAGAAACAAAGUGAUCAAUGCUCGUCAUGAUGAUCGAUUGUAAUGAUAGUAAGUUUGAAACACUUAAUGAAAUUGAUAGGACAGGUGAGAAAGGCCAUGGACCCGUUUCACAAACCUUUUUUCAAUGACAAAUGACAAAAAUCAGUGACAAAUCUGGUGAUAACCAAUCAGAAGCAAGGAUUUCAGUAGUUUAUAACAAAACCUGUCAUUUGUCACUGAUGACAAGUUUUGUGAAACGCCCCCCAGGAAGGGUACAUGGAGGAAUCAAGUUAAAGCCAGGAGAAAGGAUAUUUUUUUGUUAUAUACCUCCUGCAAGCAAUGCAAUGCUGGGCGUUGCUUAUCUGUAUUAAAUAUGUGUGUAUCAGUAUAGGGCUCUCUUUCCUUUGAAUUGGCAAUGAAGGCAUCGUACCGAGACCUGAGUCAACUAUUUCCUCUUUCUAGAAAGAAACCUUGUUUUUAAAUUAUCUAGCCAAGAUGUGAAUAAUUAGGCAUUCUAAUUCAGAGUUGUACAUUUGUUUGUCCCUCUGCAACGGGACAGCGAGUUUGAAAUCAAUGUUUCUGAUUGAUUUCUUGUUAGUGUCAUGAGGGGGUGUAGGAGAGUGAGUCAUAGAUGCGAGCUAGUUAGUACAAGGUCCGACAAAUCCUCGUCAGACGACGACGUGUCGAUUAAAUAUAGAGUUGAGGUAAGGAUAUGUUAUCAACAGCGAUUUCUGAUUAGACAUAUAUCUACAAGCUCAUGUGAUGUUUAUAUAAGAGCUGAGUAUUCAUUCAUUCAGUAGACCCCAGUCACAUUGCCUACUUGUUCCCGAACCAACCAAUUCAUUGACCAUGUGUCGUGAUGUCAUUUCCUGUGUGACGUGUUGUCGGUCUGGCGUUUGUCUCGUUUGGUGCGACUGAGGUGAAAGGCUGACCGAAUGCCAUACCUGCAAAAUUUGAAUGAUGUUUAGGGUCAUAUUGUAUCUUUUUCAAUCAAUCUUGUCAUGAAUAUGGAUAUUGGGGUUUGGGCAUUGAUAUUGGUGCCAUGUCAUUUAGAUCUAAGAUAACUAGACUACGAUCCGUGGAAGAAUUGUCUAAACGUACCCAGAAUAUUCACAAAUUGUACAGCAUAUAAAUUUAUGUUUUUUAUAAUUGAUUUUAUUCGCAUGGCUGAGGGGUUGUUUUUUAAAGGAUACUUGAAAGAAAAAAAAUCACAUGGUUUGCAAUUGAAGAUCUCUAAACACCCAAGUAUUAGUUACUCACAGUUUUUUUUCUUCUUUCGUUUUGAUCAGGUGUGAAAUCUUUCUCAUUACAAAAGCUUUUUGAAUGAAUUUCAAAUUUAGCCACAGAAAUAAGUAAUCAGAAGGAUGGAAAAAUUAAUUCGGAUAUUGUUUGAAAUAAUCGGAACACCAAAUUCCAAAAUAAUUAUCAGUAGUUGACCUACUUUCCAUUGCCUUUAAACUUUGAUAAAAACCACAAAAUCAAUUUUGACAAGAAAAACAGCGCUUGUAAACAUGCUAAAAAAUAUUUGUCUCUACUUUUGAUGAAGGAUUUUUUUUUUAAAUCACAGAAAUACAGAUCAGGCUGUCAAUUCAGUGUAAAUUGGGAAUGAAUACGGUUUUAGAAACAGCUGAUGGAUAAAUCAUAUGUGAGGCUGGAGUUCUAUGAAAUAUUGAUUUACUCAGACCAACCAUACUCUCCUAUUUAUCUCCUUUCAUUUGAAAAAAAAAUGUGCUUGUAUUCAUUUUACUUUUGUUUCUGUCCUUUAUAGACAGAAUAUUUAAAUUAUGAACUUUUUUUGCUUGCUCUUUUGCAUUAAAUGUUGUCUUUGUUUACCUCUUCUCAAACAUUUUUUUGUACCCAUUUUAACAUUUCACCCUUGUCUAUUCCCUUGAAGUCAAUAAGGAUUUGAUCAUUCAAAGGUACUUGCCUGCAUAUUUAUUUCCCAAUGAAAUUUGAUCAUAUUGUCAAAAGAAAAUUGGCUUGGAAUAUCUUAAAAGGAUGUAUAUCGUUGAUCAGAGAUUUGUUGUUGUUGUGAAUAUGACAGAUAUGCCCGUUGCGAUAUGCACUGAUUAUUUAUAUGUAAAUGAAUAGAGUAGAUUACAACUAUCUAAGCUUUAACGAAAACAUGUACAUGUAUUUCAUUGUAGAAUUAGUAAGUGGUACAGAGCCAGUUUGAUGUCAUAUAACAUCAUUAUUCAUUAAAUCAUUUGUGAUCAGCUUUAAGCCUCAAGAGUGUAUGAGCUCCAUCAAUUUGAUGGCAAAAUUUUACCUAAAUUGUAUUAAUAUGAUGUGAAAGGGGAUGACAUUUAACACACACUUCUGCAAGGAUUUCCACAAAAUGUGUUUGAAGACGAAUAUUGAUGAAAUAAUACAAAAUUUUGGUUUUUCUGCGAAGAACAGUGAACCCAAAUAUGGCAUUCUGUCAUCAAUAUUCAUCUUCAAACAUUUGUUUUGAAAAUCCUUGCAGAAGUGUGUGUUUAAUGCAAAACCCUUUCACAUCAUUCAAUUUAAGUUAUUUUUUGCCAACAGAUUUUGGGAAAAUUUGGGGUAACAAUUUGGAGGGGCUUUAGAGUUGCAUACAUGUACAUGAUCAUUUGGCAUUAUUAUCUUGGUCAAUGCUUAAUUAUGGUCAAGAAUCACGAUAUAAUGUGGGACUGAAAAAGCACAAUUGGACAGUGCAUGUUCCAGGUCAAUGAUAUAUAUAUAUAUAUUACACUAUUACAUAGGAGAUAGUAAAGUUUAAAGUGUGUAUACAUUUAAUUUGAACUACCGGCAAAUGGGACGUUGGUCUAAUUCAUAUUCUAGCUUGCAAAAUAUUUUUCACCAACUCUAUAUUGUGCAGGAGAUAAUCAGAGCUUUGAAGCGGGUAUAAUUUGAACCAACUGUCAUCGCAAAGCAUUGGGGGAGUUAUUAUUAUCCAUUUUCUACCUUACACAAUUAUUAUGGACCCGCAUUAUUAUUAUUACACAUGAGAUGGUAUUAAAAAUGUGUGUAGUUUGAACCAUGGGUCAUAUCUAAAUAUUUGGCGAGUUGGCCUCAUUUAAUUUCUGGCAUAAUAUAAGGUAUCUCGGCCUGACUGUUAAAUUCUGCUAGCUUUAAGAUCAAGACAUUGGAUGGACCUACCGAGGAAGCCAUGAUGGUUUCCAACAGGAAAGACUAGUGUAUGUAUAGUCAUGAAAACCUCCCCGUCAAUGAUGCAGAUAGCUCUCAGCCGAUUUAACAAUAACCAUGGUAACGAGCUGCUGUUGCCCCAGGUGAAGAAUAGAGUCAUGUUGAUUUCUGUGUCGGGCGAUAGAGCACUCCCCCUGCGCUGCUUACUUAUGUAUUGUCCACAAUGGCUGUCUGGCUGAUGGUGACAACUGAUAACCGGUAUUAAUUACAUGUGCAUGAUGAAGUACACGUGGAGGUCAAAUUAUGAUAAUAGGAGCUCUUGAAGUAGGGUACUCGGUCAGGCUGAUUCGUGGUCGCGGUGGAAAAUUAAAUACUUAACUUGCUACCUCUAUUCCCCUGAAUUGGAUAGAUUUUCUGAAUAAUUACUUGAAAAACUAGAGAAAGGGGUGAAUUUAAAUCAUUGACCUCAUCACUGGACAUUAGUUACUAUCAUUACAUUCUUAAUCAAAAUAAUCCAUCUUUUCUAUGAUUUUCAUCAAAUUUUAGGCAGUAUUCUAGUGUGGUGUAUAUCAAAUAGAUUUUUUAAUUUCCAGAAUGGUGCAAGGCUUGCACUCUUCCGCUGACCUCUAUCAUGGCAGUUUAAUCAUUGUAUUUUUAAGUUAAUUCACAUAGCAUUUUGAAUCACGAGUAUGCAGCUUGGCAUUAUUCUAAAAGACUAUUCUGUGGUUAUUCUGUAUUCAUAUCAUAUAACAUCAUGUGAGUACUGUCUUUCAGCAUGCAUGAUACAUGCAGGAGAUCUACCAAAAAAAAAAAACACAUUGUGAAGCUAUCCCUUUCUAGAUACUGUACACCAUCUUAGCACAAGGUGGCGCUGUUGCACUUGUCCCCAAAUGAUUUUUGUUUUCCUGCUGUACAUUGAAGAAACUGCAUUGUUAAACCAUCUGUGAAUGCUUGACAGAUACAACAUAAUCUACUUAGAUUCAGGUGGGUGCUAUUUCAUGUUUAAAAAAAUAAAAUAAAGCACUUGCAGUAUUAUUGUUCUUUGGCUCUUAGCAUAAGCCAUUAUCAAUCAAUUCAAUGAACCUUUGCCUUGUAUGUCAUAUACCUUGUGUCCCCUGGGACCUGUUGCAUAAAAUUUACCAUGGAUGGUAACUCUGCCAUCAAUGGUAACUACCAUGGUAACAUUGCUCAACAGCCAAUCAAAAUCAAGUAUUCCAUGGAAGUCAUCAUUGUUGACAAAGUAACCAUCAGUGAUAAGUUUUAUGCAACGGGACUCCAGAUCUUAUUAUUAUUAUACCAUUCUUAUUGAUUUCUUCUUGUCUUUGUUUUGUUUUGCACAUUUAUCAUCCAUAUAAUCACUUACCUAUAAAACACUUGGGAGUAGUCAUAUAUGUAAUGAAAAAUGUACUAGAUUAGCGACGUUAUUUGGACUACAUUCCGCCCUAUAUCUAUUUAUUGUGUUAUUAAUUUUACUACUGGUACUUGUUAUUCUUCUAUUUAUGUGAUGUUUACCCCGCAUGCUGAAAGUACAUAUUCGUGUCAACAUAUUAUAGAUACCGGUACUCUAAAAUUGGCAUCAUUGAGUCUUGUAUGCAUGUUGUAGCCUACUGGUAGGGAGCUUGUAGAAGUGUUGCACUUUUAUAUAAGGUGGAUACAUUGAAAUAAUAUGUGAAAGUCCUCGUUAUUUCUGAAAUAAUAUCAGCAUUCAUAUUAUGAUGUGCUUUUGCCAUCCAGUUUGUAUAUUAUUGAGGCUCGCCAAUCACGUGAUUACCACAAGUAUGAAAGGUAAGGAAGAAGAAAAUAUAUUAAUCUGUGACUUAUUUUGUCACAACUUCUGCCUAUGAUGGUCCAAAGAUUGUCCGUGUGUGCGCUGGAGACUAUGACAUGAUGCACUGUAGGUUUAGACAUAAAUCAUUGAUUAUUUGUAGUGAUAGUUAUUUACUAUUGCAUAAAUCAUUGAUUAUUUGUAGUGAUAGUUAUUAACUAUUGCAUAAAUCAUUGAUUAUUUGUAGUGAUAGUUAGUUACUAUUGCAUAAAUCAUUGAUUAUUUGUAGUGAUAGUUAUUUACUAUUGCAUAAAUCAUUGAUUAUUUGUAGUGAUAGUUAUUUACUAUUGCACUCUCUCUUUUGUUGUUGUUGUUUGCCUAUUCUUUUUUCCUGUGGGGGAGUCUGAAGGCGAAGGAAAAGUGAAUAUACCGGUACUAAAGAUGUUUGUUUAGGAGAUCUCUGUGUUUCUAUAAUUAUAUCAUUGUUAUAUUGGUUACAACUUCCUUUGAGUCAAGUUAUUUGAUUUCAAUUCAAAUUAUGUCUUUUUGAAAUUCUUGACCUUUUUUAUCAUUUUGCGUGUCAUUAUUGUAUUGUUUGUCUGGAAGAUUUUUACGAACUGUUUUCAUGAAAUUAGAAAAAUUAAGGUUUUGAGUAUGGGAUACCGAAAUCGCAAAAUUUGGGUUUUGAGUAUGGGAAACCUCGAUCAUGUUUUCUUGAUUAUGCCUUCAUUCGAUUUGAGAAUUAAGUUUUAUAUAUUUAAUUUCACAAAAGGGCGUAAGAGUAUGAGUAACAUACUUACAAGUCGUGUUUGGUUGAAAAAUAGUAUCUCGCACUGAUAAGUUAUUUUAAUUGGAUAAUUUCCUCAUAAUUAACAAGAGUUAUGGUCAUGCAGUGGAAUGCCUUCUGAUACUCAUCUUGUAGGUUUUUUUCAAAAGUAAAAUUCUUGUUGUUACAAUUUCUCCGGUCUGUGAUAACCAUUAUUUAAUUUGAGUUGAACAGAUGCUGCCAAUUUGAUAGCAUUGGAUUGCCACAAUUCAUUUAUUUAACUUUUUUUUAAAUGCAGUCUUUUGGAUAAAUGUAUACCUUGAUUUUGGGAAUGAAUUUUUCUCAAAUGAGAUACAUGAAACAAAGCUGUUCAUUGACAUAUACUAGUAUCAAAUCUUCAUAUAUGGUACUACUGUAUAGUGCUUGACUUAACAUAGUACUACACGGUUUUAAUUUAUUGGAAGUUGGGGGGGGGGGGUAAAAGAUAUUGGGUAUGUAGACGUGUUCUGGGUUCUGUCUUAUAAUUGAUUGCCACUUGAAUUCAAUCAAAACUCUGUACUAAAGAGAUGAAGGUUACUUGGUUUGCAAUUGAUUGGAGGUCUUGUAUUCAAUCUAGAGUCAUUAAUUGCAGCUCUUUUAUAAGACGAGGCCUCGCUUAUCAAUAUCCAACCACACAUCGCAUAAUUGCUUUGUAUAUUUAUUAAAACUUACCUGCAGCAAGUUUAAUUGGAGACAUUCCUGUGAAUAAAUCUAGUGUGUGUUGUGCAUGUGUUGAUUCGGAAAGACAAGUUCUAAUUCAUGUUUUUUCUUGAAUGCCUAUUUAAUAUUUAUGAUACCCCACCUAAAUACAACAUUUGUACACAUUUCCACUUUUCUAUAGAAGUAAGCAAUCUUGUUGAAGUGGUUUUAGUUAGUCUAAGAUAUCAUUUCAGACUGUUGAUUGAUCAUCAUUAUUUUGUGGUAUUUGAUUGGCAAGUGAUCCUGUCAAUUUUUGUGAUGGUAUGGUAACAAAUAAUCAUGAAUUCUUGGAAAGACUUCAUGAACUCUGUGUAAUUUCUUAAAGAGCUCCCUCUAUCGCUCAGUGACAGAGAUGUUGAGAAUUGAGAAUGGUGUAUACUGUAUAGAUAUCGAUAUCCAUCUCGUGUAUAAUGUACAUAAUUCCUCCCUUUUUUUCUUCAAAGAUGAUGAGAUUGUAAUUGUGAUUUUGAAUUUCACGACAAUGUGGGUCAUGUGUGCAUAAAUUUGUUGGGUAAAUUUUCUUCUUUUGUCUUUGUUUAAAUUGGUCACGUACGGUAUGUGCACCAUUCGUUAUUGCAUAUAUGCCAUUGCAAGAUUAAUAACGUGUCGGUGCUGUGGUCAGCAAAUGUUUGUCUGUUUGGAAAUUGAGCCAUUGUUUUUUGUCCCUUUUCCUUGCUAACCUUUGAAUUUCAAAUUGAUUUUUUUUUUUUUGCAAUUUGUAUAUUUAUGAACUGUACUUUUGAGCAGGCUGAAAAUAUUGCUAAUUCGGACAAGAAUCUUAUAGUAGGCAGAUUUUAUUUAUGAUUGCUAUUUAGAGGUUUUUUUUCUUUUUUUUAAUGUGAUGGUUAUAUUUUAGUUUCAGAAAGCAUUGACUGCCAUACUUGCUUUCUUGCUUUUUGGCAACAAUUAAAUAAUAAUUUCUUCUAUCGACAAUUGCAGAGACAGGAUGAAGUAUUACUUUUUUUUUUUAAUGUGACUUAUUUUUGUGAUAUUAUGACUUCUGUCGUGCUGCUUUUUGUUCUGUAUCUCACUCUUCGAAAUUGUUCAAGCUAUGUUUGACAGUUGCGUAACAUUUCACGUCCACGACUGGUCGGUUUGCGAACAGUACCAGUGUCGACACACACACAAUUCAAAUUCAAACCAUGCAUUGUUGCUUUACACUUUCCUAUGUAGCAUUUUUAAGAAAGAAAGUUUGUAGUUAUCGCAAAAUGUACGAUUGCACUUAGGCUAGUGGCCAAGGGAGCUACUUAAUGGAUGAAUUUCCUUUUUUUUUUAAAUUGAAGAAAAGCAGUGUUAUCAAUUUGAUUGGUUGGAGUGGGAAUAUACUCAGCCAUGAUUUGAAUAAAAAAAAGUAUGUAUCCUCAA